AUGAUGAAAGACUGUUAUCAUCAAUCGAAACUGCAAGCAUUGGAUUGUUUCGAGACGUGCUGGAAGUCUGAAAUUAAGAGAUUCAAACUAACCGACAAUCCGGACGACCUGAAAGCCUGUUUUGACGCCAAAAAACCAUUCGUGGACCAGGUUAUCAAUUGUUUCCAAACGAAAGUCAAAGCAUGCACCGAGAACGGGGAACCAGGCGUUCGUGUUAAAGAAUAUGACUAUAAGGAUAUGAUCAAGAGAGUGGAGGAUGCCGUUAAUUCGCAGAUUAAUGCGUUUUUGAGGUCUAUUGGAAAUGAUAAUGUUAAGGCAGUAGUAACAGCUGGCACAGCGAUAGCUCAAUGCGUGAAGACGUGUUUCCUGGAGAAGAACAAAGAUGGAUUCUGUUUCAAUCGAAUCGGAUGUGAACCUCAGAUUGAGGAUCGCAACGCACGGAUAGCAAUUCGUCAGUGUUCGAGAUCAGUGGCGUGGAAAAAGGAAAUGGAGACGUUCUGUCAUUGCUCAAGUGCUGCUGGCAUUAAUGGUCUCUCCAGCUACUGUGGAAUGCUCAACAUUAUUGGAUAA